AUGGCUUUCCUGGAGGAUGGGAACCACACUGAAGUGACAGAGUUCAUUUUAUUGGGCUUAACAGAUGACCCAGUCCUCAGAGUCGUCCUCUUCAUCAUCAUCCUGUGCAUCUACCUGGUGACUGUGUGUGGGAACCUCAGCACCAUCCUCCUCAUCAGAGUCUCUUCCCAGCUCCAUCACCCCAUGUACUUUUUUCUCAGUCACUUGGCUUCUACUGACAUAGGGUACUCAUCUUCUGUCACCCCCAAUAUGCUGGUCAACUUCCUGGUAAAGAGAAAUACCAUCUCCUUCCUUGGGUGUACCAUUCAGCUUGGCUCAGGUGCUUUCUUUGGGACACUUGAAUGCUUCCUUCUGGCCACCAUGGCGUAUGAUCGCUUUGUAGCAAUCUGUAACCCACUGCUUUAUUCAACCAAAAUGUCCACACGAGUCUAUGUCCAGUUGCUUGUAGGAUCUUAUAUAGGUAGUUUACUUAAUGCUUCCUCCUUUAUUAUUUCCUUCUUUUCUCUUCUCUUCUGUGGACCAAAUAGAGUCAAUCACUUUUUCUGUGAUUUGGCUCCUUUGGUAGAGCUCUCCUGUUCUAGUGGCAGUGUCCCCAUAGUUCCUGCCUCAUUCUGUUCUGCCUUUGUCAUUAUCGUCACAGUGCUUGUCAUAGCUGUCUCCUACACUUACAUCCUCAUCACCAUCCUGAAGAUGCGCUCCACUGAGGGCCGCCACAAGGCCUUCUCCACCUGCACCUCCCACCUCACUGCAGUCACUCUCUUCUAUGGCACCAUCACAUUCAUCUAUGCGAUGCCCAAGUCCAGCUACUCCACAGACCAGAACAAGGUGGUGUCUGUGUUCUACAUGGUGGUGAUCCCCAUGUUGAAUCCCCUCAUCUACAGCCUCAGGAAUAAUGAGAUUAAGGGUGCUCUGAAGAAAGAAAUUAACAGGAAAAUAUUCUCUUAAGUGAUGUCUGUUAUAUUGUACAAUUUAAUAUAGUAACAACAUCCUACAGAUAAAAAUAAUGAAAAAAACUAAAUGCCUGUGGCUGAAAUAUAUGUUCUGAUAC